AUGAGUGGCAUUCAAGAUUGCUCUGUUCAACAUGAGGCUAGCCAACCAGCUGAGCAGAUCGAAGUGUCUAGCUCCUGGUGUGGUGCUGGACCUGCGGCGUAUGACUUCCGCACAGACACUAUCACGACACCGACCUUAUCUAUGUUGAAGGCGAUUGCUCAAACGACCUUGAUGGAUGACGUAUACCAAGAGGACUCGACGACAAAUGACUUCGAGAAAUUCAUGGCCAACCUCACAGGCAAGGAAGACAGUCUCCUGGUCAUGUCGGGCACAAUGGGAAACCAGAUUGCCCUCCGAUCGCUGUUAACACAACCCCCUCACGCAAUUCUCUGUCAUUACCAAUCUCACAUUUUAAAAUCAGAGGCCGGCGGCUGCUCAUCUCUGUCUCAGGCCCAUAUGCAGCCGUGCAUCCCGACGAACGGCCAGUAUCUAACCCUCGAGGAUAUUCAGCGGGACACGGAUACUCGUGACAACAUCCACAUUGCGCCUACCCGCGUGAUCUCGCUGGAAAAUACUCUUGCCGGUGUCAUUACUCCCUUAGAGGAAGUCCGUCGGAUCUCUGCAUUCGCUCGCGCCAACAAUAUCAAGCUCCACCUUGACGGCGCAAGAAUCUGGGAGGCUGUCGCUGCUGGAGCAGGCUCAUUAGUUGACUAUUUGGAUUGCUUUGAUACAGCCCAGAUGUGCUUUUCCAAAGGACUGGCUGCCCCUGUCGGCAGCAUUAUCGUUGGUCCGAAGAGCACUCUGCAACAUUGCCGAUGGGUGAGGAAGAGUAUUGGUGGAGGCAUUCGACAGGCUGGGAUCAUCUCAUCAGCGGCUCGUGUGGCGGUCGAGGAGAAUUUCGGAAAUGGACCUAAUGGCGAAGGUGGUCGAUUGCGAGAAACGCACAAGAAGGCCAAGUCUAUUGAGAAGAUGUGGGUUGAUCGUGGUGGCGCGGUCAGUCGGCCAGUCGAUACAAACAUGGUUUGUCUGGAUUUGUCUCACAGCGGCAUCACGGUUGACAGAAUUAUUUGCGUGGGUAGAGAGGAAGGAGUUAAAUUGUUCGGCGGGAGAAUAGUCGUCCACUGUCAAAUUGCCGAUGAUGCCGUUAUCCGACUAGGAAAUGUUUUUGAUCGCGUGUUAUUAUCAACAGAGAAGAGGGAAGACGUAGUUCAGCAGUCUGAUUCGGUCUAUAGAUAA